AUGCUGUACGGUGCGGGUGUUCCUAACGAGAACGCCAUGAAGACCUAUGCUCAGGUUGGGGUCGCAUCCGUUUGGUUUCAAGGCAAUCCCUGCAAUAUGCACUUACUUGACCUAGGAAAAGAAGUGAAGAGACAAAUCGAGGCGCAGAACAUGCUUGCCUGGCAGUAUAACAGCGUCGGAGUUAGCGAUGGACUGACGAUGGGGACCGAUAGCAUGAGAUUCAGUCUACAGUCUCGGGAGCUGAUUGCUGACUCUAUCGAAACUGCUACCUGCGCCCAUUACCACGAUGCGUGCAUCACGAUCCCAGGUUGCGACAAGAAUAUGCCCGGAUGCGUAAUGGGGAUGACUAGACACAAUCGUCCGUCGAUCAUGCUGUACGGCGGUUCUGUUGACAUGGGCUAUUCCAAAACGUUGCGGAAGAAGAUCACUGGAGUGUCUGUCAUCGAAGCACACGGUGCUUAUUUGUACGAUAAGCUGAAGAGUGAGGAUGACCCUUCAUUGACAAAAGAUGAUAUCUUGACCGAUAUGGAGCGAAAUGCCGUUCCUGGACAAGGUGCAUGUGGCGGAAUGUUUACAGCGAACACAAUGGCAAUGUCGAUCGAGACAAUGGGCUUGACUGUCACAGGCUCGUCGUCUACGCUGGCCAAUAGCGCAGAGAAGAUGCGAGAAUGCAAGAAAGUCGCUAGUGCUAUCAAGAUCUGUAUGGAGAAGAAUAUUCGGCCCCGCGAUUGCUUGACAAAAGCGUCCUUCGACAACGCACUUGUCAUGCUCAUGGCACUAGGCGGGUCUACAAACGGUGUGCUCCAUCUGCUUGCUAUGGCUGGGACAGCGGGUGUCUUCCUGACCUUGGAUGACUUCCAAAGAGUUAGCGAUAAAGUGCCGUUUCUCGCUGAUCUCGCUCCCUCUGGCAAGUUUCUCGUCGCAGAUUUAUACGAGAUCGGAGGCGUCCCAUCGGUGCAGAAGUACCUAAUAGCUGCUGGUCUGUUAGAUGGCAGCACGAUCACAGUAACCGGAAAAACGCUAGCCGAGAACGUGGAGAGUUAUCCCAGCCUGAUGAAUAGUGAUCAGAAGAUCAUUAGGCCUCUCAGCGACCCGAUCAAAGCUUCCGGCCAUAUUGAGAUCCUCUAUGGCAAUAUAGCUCCUCAAGGCUCUGUUGCCAAGAUUACAGGGAAGCAAGGCAUGAAAUUUGUCGGAAAGGCUCGAGUCUUCGAGAAGGAGAAGGAGUUGAGUGAUGCGCUGAACCAGGGCAAAAUUCCAGCGACAGGCGGAAAUCUCGUGCUUGUCGUACGCUACGAAGGUCCCAAGGGAGGCCCAGGGAUGCCCGAGCAGCUAAAGGCUUCUGCUGCUAUCGUUGGUGCAGACUUAAGGAACGUAUCACUUAUUACCGACGGUCGCUAUAGCGGUGCCAGCCAUGGCUUUAUCGUGGGUCACAUCUGCCCAGAGGCUGCGGUAGGAGGCCCUAUCGCACUGAUCCGCGACGGAGACACAAUCACGAUCGACGUUGUAACGCAUAGAAUCGACAUGGACGUCCCGACGGAAGAGCUUGAGAAAAGACGAAGCGAAUGGCAACCGCCUCGCAAUCGGGUCAGGAAGGGCACAUUGGCUAAAUACGCGCGGUUGGUUGGUGAUGCUAGCCAUGGAGCCAUGACGGAUGACUUCUGA